AUGAACGACUUAGUUUGCAAUUUUUGUGGAGCGUAUGAAGCAGCCACAAGGGAGAAAACCAGUGGUCAAGACGAGAAUGAUGUUCUCAAACACGCCCACGAGAUCUUCUUCAACAACCACAAAAAGAAGUUCACCCUUGAACAUGCUUGGAAGGGGCUUCACAAUGACCAGAAGUGGUGUGAUCUCUCUUCGGCUAAAAAUGAAGUAGGCUCCAAAAGGAGGAAGCUUGAGGACGGUUCACAUUCAGCAUUCUCUCAGGCAAAUGAAACAGCUGUAGCUGAUGAAGGAACCACUCGUCCCACGGGUGUAAAGGCAGCAAAAGCCUGUAAAGGGAAAGAAGAGGCUGCAUUGGAGUGGAGCAUCACGGACUUGACAGAGUGA